GCCGCCUCAGACCUCAGAUCUGCGGGAAUCCCGGGGUGACUCAAAGGUGAAAGCGCCAGGAUCUCCUUGUUUUUACCGACUCCACUUGGGGGUGAUGGUGAAGAAGUGUUACUUGAGGACCUGAUCGACUGCAUGUGGUUGUAACUAUGGUUACGUCAGGGUCGGGGGCAUGGGCCCUCUCCCUCUGUGGCUUUGUGCUGGUCAUCUGUUGGUCCGUGAGUCUUUCCCAGGAGCAACACGUCAAACCUGCAGACUGCAGCAGAAAGGAACAUCCUGUGGUCUCUUACCAAGCGCUGAGGUCGUGGAUGCCCGAGUUUUCCCGACCGGGAGUGAAGGACUUCUCGCAGCUGACCAUUGACCUGGGCAGAAGCCAACUCUUUGUAGGAGCAAGAAACUCCCUCUUUCGACUGAAUUUAAGCAACCUCUCCCUCAUACAGGCAACAGGUUGGGCACCAGACGAAGAUACAAAGCGUUCAUGUCAAAGCAAGGGCAAAUCUGAGGAUGAAUGUCAAAACUAUAUCAGAGUUUUGCUGAUAAGUGGGGGGAUGCUCCUCACGUGUGGCACCAAUGCUUUUACUCCUGUGUGCAUGACCAGGCAGAUUUCUAACACCAGUAAGGUGUUGGAUAUGGUGAACGGCGUGGCCCGAUGUCCCUAUGACCCGCGCCACAACUCCACUGCCAUGGUGACAGAGAAGGGAGAGUUGUACGCUGCCACGGUGAUCGAUUUCUCCGGCCGUGACCCGGUCAUCUACAGGAGUCUGGGGAACAUGCCGCCUCUGCGCACCGCUCAGUACAACUCCAAGUGGCUCAACGAGCCUCAUUUUGUCUCCGCCUACGAGAUCGGCCGCUUUGCCUACUUCUUCCUGAGAGAAACGGCCGUGGAGAACGACUGUGGGAAGAUGGUGUUCUCCCGGGUGGCGCGGGUGUGUAAGAACGACAUGGGCGGACGAUUUCUUCUGGAGGACACCUGGACCACCUUCAUGAAGGCUCGACUCAACUGCUCGCGCUCCGGAGAAAUCCCCUUCUACUACAGCGAGCUGCAGAGCACCUUCUACCUGCCCGAGCAGGACCUGAUCUAUGGCAUCUUCACCACUAAUGUGAACAGCAUAUCAGCGUCUGCCGUGUGCGCCUUCAAUCUGAGCUCCAUCACUCUGGCCUUCAACGGGCCCUUCCGCUACCAGGAGAAUCCCCGCACCGCUUGGCUCUCCACCCCAAACCCUAUACCCAAUUUUCAGUGUGGCACGCUUGAGGAGGACGGCCCCGGAGGAAACCUGACCGAGCGCAGCCUGCAGGACGCCCAGCGCCUCUUCCUCAUGAGCGACGUGGUCCAACCGGUGACCGUCAACCCCCUGCUCACGCAGGACAACCUGCGCUUCUCCAAGCUGGUGGUGGACAUCGUGCAGGGCCGCGAGGCCCUCUACCAUGUCAUGUACAUCGGAACUGAAUACGGCACCAUCCUGAAGGCUCUAGCCACAACCAACAAAAGCCUCCACGGCUGCUACCUGGAAGAGCUCAGGAUCCUCCCAGAGGGCCAGAUGGGACCAAUAAAGAGUCUGCAAAUACUCCACAAUGACAGAUCAUUAUUUGUGGGGCUUGAAGACAGACUGGUGAAGAUCCCAUUAGAGCGCUGCUCCAGCCAUCCAACCCAACGUCACUGCAUGGAGGCGCGCGACCCGUACUGUGGCUGGGAUCUCAAGCAGAAACGUUGCACCACCAUUGAGGAGAGCUCCAACAUGAACCAGUGGAUCCAAAACAUCACUGAAUGUCCAGUGAGGAACCUGACGCAGGAUGGUGGAUUUGGUCCGUGGGCACCGUGGCAUCCAUGUAGCCAUGACGACGGCGAUGGCUCAUUCAGCAGCUGCAUGUGUCGGUCUCGCUCGUGUGACGGCCCGGUCGCCAGAUGUGGAGGGGUUGAAUGCAAAGGCCCAACUAUCCAAGUGUCUAAUUGUUCCAGGAAUGGCGGCUGGACUCCGUGGUCUUCCUGGGGCCAAUGCAGCAGCAGUUGCGGCAUUGGGUUCGAGGUGAGGCAGCGGUCCUGCAACAACCCGUCACCUCGGCACGGAGGGCGAAUCUGCGUUGGCCAGGGUCGGGAAGAGAGGCUGUGCAAAGAAAAGAAGCCAUGUCCCCUGCCUGUACUGUGGACGGCAUGGAGCCCCUGGACCUACUGCAGCUCUGAGUGUGGAGGAGGGGUCCACUCCAGGACCAGAACCUGUGAGAAUGGGAGCAGCUGUCCGGGAUGUGCAAUGGAGUACAAGGCAUGUAACCUGGAAGCGUGCCCUGAGGUCCGCCGCAACACCCCCUGGAGCCCCUGGAUGCCGGUCAAUGUGAGUCGAGACGGGUCACGGCAAGAGCAAAGGUUCAGGUACACCUGCAGGGCGCUGCUGCACGACCCUCAGCAGCUGCAGAUGGGCAAGAAGAAGCUGGAGACACGCUUCUGCUCCCAUGACGGGUCCGGAGCUUGUCAGACUGACUCUCUGGUUGAUGACUUAGCGAGGAGUGGUGGCCGAACACAGACCCCAGGUGCCCGCUGGGCAUCCUGGGAAAUGUGGUCCAGCUGUUCCCAGCAGUGUUCCGGAGGCUUCCGAACCCGCAGACGCAGCUGCUCGACGGCCGAGGGCAGGACCAACCCCGCCACCUGCGUGGGAUCCCCAGUGGAGUACCAGGACUGCAACACCCAGCCCUGCGCAGUGGACGGAGCCUGGUCCUGCUGGUCCUCCUGGUCCCAGUGCUCGUCCAGCUGUGGAGGCGGACACUACCAGCGGACCCGGGCAUGCAGCGGCCCGCCCCCUGCAAACGGAGGGGAGAUCUGCAUCGGCCUGCACACUGAGGAAGCGCUCUGUAACACAUACCCAUGUGAAGGUUGGGGAGAAUGGGCCGACUGGGGGGAUUGUGAUGACGAGGGUCUGCAGCAUCGCACCCGUCGCUGUGGCGACGACCAGGAGGCGGAGCUCAGCGUCUGCCAGGGCAACCUCACUCAGUCCAGGCCAUGCCAGCCCCACGAGGUGCCAGUAAUUUUACCCGGACAGGAGGACCAGAGCUGUGGAACCUUUACUCUGUUCCAGCUGGUAGCCGUGGGCUCGGCCAGCUUCUUUGCUGCAGCUCUGCUGUCAGGACUGGCUUACUCGUACUGCCACCACCUGAACCGCCCCUCCCCGGAGUCGGCCGUCAUCCACCCCAGCACUCCCAACCACCUCACAUACAACAAGCAGGGCAACGCCACGCCAAAGAACGAGAAGUACAUGCCCAUGGAGUUUAAGACUUUAAACAAGAACAAUCUCCACGUGAACGACGAGACGUGCAACCACUUCUCCUCUCCGCUGCCCUCCAGCAACAUGUUCUCCACCACCUACUACCCUCCCUGUGUGAGCAAGUACGACUUCAACCCAGACUCCCCCUGCAGGACCUACAUUCACAGCUGAGGGGACGUCAGACUCCAACACGCCAUCAAGUCCUCAUCACCUGCAGGAAAUACUAUCAUUCUUCAUUCAACAAAAAGAGAAAAAGGUGUUAUACAGCCUAAAAAUGUAACAUUUCCGCAUUAGUUGUAAUGAAAUGAUGACUUCUUAUGCAGGUAGUUUUAUUUGCAGAUGCAACCUCUCAUUUGAGUUUUUUAUUCUGCAUAAUUCAAAGAGCUCUAAGAAAAUUGUGUAGUAGGGACUAUUUAGGUGGUAGAAAGUCUUUCCAGUUAUGUGGACAAAUUCAAAAGUGAAGUUUAUUGUCACAAUAUGUGCACUGUUUCAUAAAGAAACUGGUACGGCAUGCAAAAAAACAAACACAGUUUCUACUAUAAUCUUUUGCUUUCAGAGAGGAGAAAAAGCUCCUGGGUCAAGUUUUCCACAUUCACUGAGCCGAGAAGUGUAUUCAAAUUAAAGCAACAGCAAAAAGUUUUUCCAUGGUAAAAUAAUCCGUUUUGAUUUGAAGAAACGUUUGGUGAUUCUUAGAAAGUGUCGUUAGCUCUUGCAGUCUCCCAUAUUUGCUAUUGACAAAGCCCACCCAAAGAAAGACACGGGUUUCCUGGCAACAAACCCAUCAUCAACAAGGAGCCGCAUACAAUCAGUGCAACUCACCUGCAUCUGAGCCGCAAAGACGAUUGCAAAGCCUCACAUGGACCGACUUAGGAGGACAACAGCCUUUAAUGCUCCAGGGAGGACUUCAUCUUAUUUGUUUUCAGAUAAAAACAGCAUGUAUGUGGUUUCCUUCUUCUUUCUUCACAACCUCUGAGGUGUUCUGCCUCUGCUCAGGCCAGUUUGGAAGCAGGACUCAAAGACAUGGCUCAAAGACAAACAGCAGGCAUGUGAAUACCUGGAUUCACUUCAAUUUGAGAAGAACCAUCCACUGGUUGAGAGGAACUCUACACUUUUGGCCAGUAAACCCACUGAUCCUGUAGACUGUACUACAGAAAGCCGUUGACAACUUUUUAUGAUCCCCUAAAUGGAUUAAAGACCUUUAGAUCUACGGCUUAUUCGCUUUAAUUUUCAUUUUAAGCUCAAAAUGGAAAAAGAGCACUGAAGAAGACAGUUUUUUUCACACAACUCACUAUUGUUAAAGACAUUUGGUGUUUUUCUAUCAGCAGACUGAAUAGAUUUGAGGGGCGUUCACUGAUGUCACUGUCUGUAUGGCUGUUUCCUUCUGCGGAGACAUAUUUGAACUGUGUAAACAUACGUGGCAUUCGCACCUUGACUUUUGAUUUUAUUUUGUAUAUAUGUUUAAAUGUUUCUGUUCAAAAAUCACCAAAUUCAGUCUAUAUGCCUGAACUGUACAUUUUAAGGAAUUCACACUUCUAGUAUUUAAAGGUAAUUAUGAUAUAACUAAACAUUUUCAAAACAUUUGUAAUGGAUUUAAUUUGAAUUAUUAUCCUGCCUGCAGCUGGAGCUUUUAACUGAGACACAUUUAAAGGACAAAUAAUUUCCUGUUGUUUUCACAAACUUUUUGUGUCAAAAUACCACAAAACCCCACAUCAUCCCUUUCAACUGUGAAUUUCCUGCAGCUUUUUUAUUGUAACUGGUUUUAUAUGCUUGAGGGAUCCACUCCCCUCCCCCUCUCCUCCACACGAUGUGUCUUAUGUGAGAUUUGUCCCACAGUUUUGAGCUAUCAUGCAUAUAUUUUAUUAUGAUUAUUAUUAUUCAGUGGAAGCUAUUUUUGUCUCAGUUGGUGUGCACUCCUUCACCUGCUGCUCCAAAACUAUGCGAUUUUCCCAUAAAUUACUAUAAACCUGUUGUAUUUCUAAUUUAUUCUCACAUUUAAAACGUGUUUUAAAAGUAUCUUCAUAAAGUAAAAAUAACAAACUCUAUCACCCAUCAAUGUUGUAAACUCCGAUAAAGACAAGCACCACUUAUGUGUACUUCUUCUUACAGAACUUUUACAUCUUGUUGGAUUCCAGAAUAGAGUUUGUUUGUACCUGCAAAUAGUUUGGAAAUCUUCAUGAAUGCAGAAAAAGAUGUACGUUUUGUUUUGUGAACAGUUUGCACAGAUAUUUGUUCCACUUAUGUUUCAUAAAUUAAGCCACGUCAGCCCCAGACCGUUGGAUUUACGUGGCUAAACAGUGCGCCUCAGAAGGGAAUGCUGAAGUAAUGUAACAGCUAACUUUAAAAAGACCUCCGAAUUUAUAACUUCUUCCUGCUUUAUAAUUUCACAAAUUUAGGAGACCAAAAUUACUUGAAAAAUAUUGUGUUAUGAGGAAAUGUGGUAAGUCCCAUCAUUUUUGGGGCUAAAUCAUGAGAAUUUCCUUGAUCCAACUUUCUUGAUCCAACCGGCUAACCGUCAUGUUUCAGAUGUGCUCCAUGCGUUGUGACAUGAAAAGGUUUUCGCUCAAAUUUUUUUAACAUCAUAGAAUAUAAACUAAAAAUGUAUUUAAAAAAGAAAGAAAGAAGAUAAAGGUCUACUCAAAGGCAAAUGGGAAAUCAAAAUUCUGAACAUUCAACUGGGCAAAAAUAUAAAGUAUUUAAUGUAGAUGUUGGAUUUUGUAGGAUAUAGGGGAUUUGUUUUUAAGACCAAAUGUGUUUUUGUAUUUUUAAUUAGGAAAAUUCAGUUUCUCAAAUAUUCAUGAGGAAAUCAAGAAGUAAGAUAAAACACUUGAGAAUAUGAUUGAAAAUCAUAUGAAAAAGCUUCGGAUUCAACUGUAUAUUUGUGUUUUAGAUUGAAGUUUAAUUUAAUUGACGUGAUUGAAAUAUCAUGCCAUAAUUCCGUUUUUUAGUUAGUUUUUUUUUCAGCAUUAUCAAUUCUUCUUAAAAUUAUAGUCUUUUUAAAAGGCAGACAUAUUUUCAUUCAGUUAAGUGACUGGAAACCGUGUGUUCACUGUGAAAUUAAUGAAAUUGAAAAAUUGUUGAACAUGCUUCUUCUUGUUUCUAUUUCUCCAUAUUUAUGUUGUUAUAAAUACAGAAAGUGUUUUUGUAUUUUGUUGAAAUGAGUCCAUAAAAUAUACCAAAUUACAAGUUCUCCUGGAAAAAGUUCAAUGAUAAUAGCUAUUAUGAUUAUUAAUAAACCUGGACCAUUUACACAACAUAGACACAAGUUUGUUUGUUUGAUUUAUGGCAUUGUGUUAUAUUGUACGCCAGUAUUUAAAUUCUGUGUAUUGUGUUUCUCAAUUGUAAAUACCAAGAAAUUAAUUCAGGUUACACUAGUUCUCUAACUUGUAGUGUCAAAACAAUCAUGAAUAAAACGGUGUGGGUUUACAUUAUACAUACAUUCCAUACAAGUAACUACAUGCACUGACACUCUUACAUGAAUAUGUUUUUUCUAAAUGUGCAAAAAGUCUGGAAGAAUGCAAAUAUUCAAGAGAAUAAACUGUGGAGCAGGAAACAUUUUGUUGUGUAUUAAAACGUGUUGUGAAAUCUGCAACACAUUUGCAACAUAUCCUUGUAAUUGGUCCCUGAAAAAAAUUAUUUUGUCACCUCACUUAAAAAAACAUUGUGUUGUGAAUUUAACUAAAUGCUGCCUUUUGGACGCUGUAAACUUUUGGGACUCUUUAAUUUUUGAUUUAAUUUCACUGGUGAAAACCAUUAACCCUUCUUGCUAAAAUGAUGUUAUAUCAUUUUGAACAUGCCGACCUUACCUCAGUUACCACCAGCUAGCUAUUGAAUAUCUCCAUUCACUCUGUUUUGGUAGAAAGAUAUUGACAUAUUGACCGUUUUCCCCAGAGCUUAGACGAGGACUGCUGGUCGUCCCCUGAGCUGCGGCCAUCCAUCCAUCUUUGCAUCAAGUAUUGCUCACAAAAUUACGCCAGAAAUGAGGACAGACAACAGAUUUGAUCAAAAAAAAAUCCAAAGUAACAAUAGUUAGCAGCAUAGUUUAGCAUGAGUUCAACAAAACUACAAAGGACGUAUUUGAUCACCUUCACCCGAGUCCCAGAACCUGGUCGGCUCUUUUCACGCAAUCAACAGAACAACAGCAGAUUCUUGUAUUCUAAAGAUAAUAUGACACAAAAUCUGUAUUUUUUUAAUGAGAACUAAAUUUAUUUUUGAAGUUUGCUGAUGAUGAACACUGUAAUGGUUUUGAUUUUGGUUAAUUCCUGUCUUAUUUUGUCUUUAGUUUGCUUCCACCUGUUUUACGUCCAUUAUCCAAUCCUGCUUGAUCGUGUGCACCUGUGUCUCCUCAACGCCUGUGAUUUGUGUCUGUAUAUAUUGGCUUGUCGUUCACUUCCUCCCUUCCAGCCCAGUCUGAGUGUUGCCCUGGUUUCUGUUCUGUUCAUUUUCUGGUUACUUGGUUGUUGUUUUGUUUUCAUUUCUGUUUUUGGACUCCCUGUGUCUUGCAGCAUUUUUGGUUCAUUAAAACCUGAUUUUUUUUUUUCAAAGU